AAUUCGUGAGCACGUUUUUUUAGACGACUUUUGAAGAUGUAUAUAAACCAAAUGUGGUGCGUUUUGUACCAUCAGUAUCUGGGAUUCGCUCAUUGGAGCUGGUUCGGGAGUUAGUUCGGCACAAGAGAUGAAUUUGUUAAUAGUAGCCGCAUUGGCCGCGGUUUGCGGGGCAGCCAAGCUCGACCGCACUUACCUGCCUCCUGCAUCAGCCAGGACUGCUGGAGGCAGUGAAGCAUCACUGCAGACUCCUAACUCCUUCAGCCAGAACUCUGCCCCUAAAGGGAGUUACACUAAUGACUUCCAGGGCGUGGUUGUCGACGCUGCCCUUGCAGGAACCCGAGGCGCCUCAGGAUCUGAAGAAACCGGCCUCGGCGCUCCCCGUAACGCGUACGGUUCGACUGCCUCCAAAGUAGGCGAAGCUGCCUUCCGAGGCGCCCAGGCUGGCUUCAGGUUCCCUCAAGGCUUCGGUCCUAACUCCGCAUUCGCUCCCCAAACUUCACAAGAUUCCGAGUUUGAAGCCAGAGAGUCACCUGAUGGUUUAGAAGUUUCUGGAGAGUCUCAAUUUGGAGAUUCAAGACCAGAGCGUCCCCAAGCAGCUCAGGAACGCGGUGCCAACACUUUGAGGUUCGACAGCGAAGUUGGCGUUGAGAGUUUCAACUACGCCUUUGAAACUGACAAUGGGAUUUCUGCUGAAGAGACUGGAACAGCAACCAACGGCGUCCAAGCUCAGGGCGGUUACUCCUACACUGGCGAUGACGGGAAAGUGUACACGGUGACGUACACCGCCGAUGAGGGCGGGUACCAGCCCAGGGGUGACCAUCUGCCGACCCCGCCGCCGAUCCCGGAGGAGAUUCUGAAGUCUCUGGAGCAGAACGCCAGGGAUGAGGCCAACGGUGUCGUUGAUGAUGGCUUGUACGAUGCUCAGAAGUACAAUGCGGGAGGCGAUUACGCGGAAAGUGACAGCGCUAAUGGUAAACAGAAUGGUGGGCCAUCAGCCGGUACUGGGAACACCGGCGACGUCGAUGCAAGCGGCACAUUCAUUAAUCAGAACAUUCAGAACAAGCCUUUCAACCCCAACGGACAAGGCGGUGACAAAACAGUGAACCAGUUCACAAGCUUCCAAAACAAUGCUGCCAACAGAGUUGGAUCAAGAAACGAUUACUUGCCUCCGUUCCAACAGACACCACAAAGGCAGCAAAACGCUAGCCCGGAUAGUUCAGAUGCUGAUUCAUCCUCAAGCUUUCAACACGAAUCGACUGAGGGCUCUGGUAAUUUCCAAUCCCAAUCUCAACAGAACCGACCAACCUCUCAAUCUAUCGGUUCAAGACCCACCACUAACCAAUUCGGCUUCAAACAAGGCACAAAUGGAAAUCAGGUCAACCAAAAUGGAAACCACUUCUCUUCUCAAAGCAAUAGGCAGCAGUUUGGAUCAGCGGCAAACGCUGCCUCCGAUAAGGGGCGUAACCAGUUCUCAGCCCACGCUUCAGCCUCUUUCAACUCUCAACAUGCAACUUCUGUCCCUGAUACUGAACUGACUACACCUUUUGAAACAAGUCCGCAAGAUGCUCAGUCAGCUCAGUCUUCUGCGCCUUCUACCAACGCAUUUGGUUUCAAUAACCAGCCUAGUCACAAUGGACAGUCGCACUUUGCGUCACAAAACUCACAUCAUCAGACUUCCCAGGCUCCUGCUCAACCGACCAUUCCAUCUUUCCCUCAGUCAAGACCUCAAGACUCUAACAACCGUCCAGUUGGUGGAAAUAGGAAUACGCAAUUAGGAUUCCCUACCCAAGCACCGCGUCAGCAAGAACAGUUCACCCAACAGACUGCUUUUGGUAGCAAGCGCCCUCAAUUUUCUCAAAACGCUGAUAGCCAAUUCUCUCCCAGCACUCAGAGACCUCAAUUCGCCCAACAAGCUACCGCUCAAGAUGAUUCUUAUUACUACAAUCAGCCUUCUAGAACUUUUAAUACUCCCCAGUCACCCUCGAGGUUUUCAAGCGCACCAGCUAAUCAUUUUGAUAGAGUAACCCAACGACCAUCGUCUUCUCAAGCUCCCCAAGAAGAAGAAAACUAUCCCUCAACUGUUUUCCCAUCGCAAAACGGUCAGCGUCAAGGUCCAUCUAGGCGACCUUCGUUCCCCACUCAAUCGACUCCGUCAGAUAACCAGUUCCAGAGUAACGGUAUUGCUUCAGCUACCAAUGGGAUCACACAAGCAUCCGCCUCUCCUUUCACUGCUCCUACAUCAGCUCCUAGUUUCAACGGUCAGCAUUCGAGCCACUCCAGGCAACAGCUGCAAUAUUCAUCCUUCCAAUCUAGCCGUCCUUCAUCACCUGAGCCCAGCAAGCCUUCCUUCAGUGCGCAAUCUACAUCACCAUCACAGUCCAGCGGAGCUCUAUCGAGCCAAUUUGAAAAACAGAACUUCGAGUCGGCUAAGCCUUUGAGCCAGCAGCCAUUGCAAGAAGUGAAAGAGAUUAAGCUUGAUGAUGACACCAAACCAGAAGCGCCUGUAACGAACCUGCAGUACAAUGGAGAGGUUUACGAAUACACCAAGCCAGCGGAGAUGCUGCCGCCUCCAGAAAAUGGCUUCGGACAGUUCGGAACUAAAUUGCCAAGCGCUCAGAAACCUGCUGAACCGAAACCCCAAUUUGGACAAACUGCUUCAGCUCAUGCUACUUCGCAACCUCAGUUUGGACAGUCUACGACUUCAGCUCAAGCUACCUCUCAAACUUUUGCUCCCCAAUCUACUCCGUUCAGUCAAAGUGCUAAGGCUCAACAAGGCAAUCAAUUCGGAUCUCGACCUCAAUUUGGACAGUCUACCACUUCAGCUCAAGCUACGUCUCAAACUUUUGCUCCCAAAUCUACUCAGUACAGUCAAAGUGCUAAGGCUCAACAAGGCAAUCAAUUCGGAUCUCGACCUCAAUUUGGACAGUCUACCGCUUCAGCUGAAGCAUCAUCGAAGCCUUUUGCACCUCAAUCUAACCAGUUCAGCCAAACUUCACAAGGCAAGCAAUUCGGAUCCCGGCCUCAGUACGGACAGUCAGCGACUUUGUCUCAACAGGCAACAUCUGAAUCGUUCGCUCCUCAACCUACCCAGUUCAGUCAAAGCGGCAAGAUUUCACAAGGCAACCAAUUCGGAUCCCGACCUCAAUUCGGACAGUCUACAACUUCAUCUCAACAGGCUACAUCUGAAUCAUUCGCUCCUCAACCCACCCAGUUCAGUCAAAGCGCACAAGACCAGCAGAAUACCUUCGGAUCCCGUCCCCAAUUUGGUCAGGUACACUCACAGUCCCAACAAUCAACAUCUUUUGAUUCAAAGCCUCAAUUUGGUCAAGCUACCCAAACUGAUCAGUUCAGCGCUCAAACUCAGGAAUCCACUGAUGAGUUCGAUGCUAAACCAUCGAAACAGUUCAACCAAGCGCAUCAAACUGAACAGCACAGCAAUCAGUUCCAGCGUAGACCAUCUCAAGGAAGCUUCGCUGCCGCUGAGACUCCCAAACCUUUCGGUCAAGGAAAUACGAGUACAUGUUGCCAAGGUGCGUUCGGUCAGCAACCCAGCUUCGGCAAGCCUAGUCAGGAUAGUUCCAUUGCUUCGACUUUCCAAAGCAACUCCUUCAAACCAGCGCAGAGUUCGUCAGUCGCCGGAAAAGGAGAAGAUUUUGGAGGACCAAGAGCGCCACCUAGCUUUGACGAAACGGGUUACCAUUAUUAAUUUAGAAUAAGUGCCAUAGAAUUAUACGCUCUAGUUUUGAACG